CUUCAAUCGUAACCUGGUGAGAGUUAAGACAAGAACAAACACCAACAUUUUAAAGGACUAAGCCAUAUAAAAUGCAGCGGGUUUGGACUUUUAAAAAUGCAGUCCCAAGAAUACUUUCUAUAAGGAAUAUUUAUAAGAAAGCUCAGGAUGAUGCAUAUCGGCUCGCAACGGCAGUCGUUGAAGAUUACUCUGGGAAAAAGCGUAAAGAAUUAGAGCAAGCAUUAGCUAGCUCCGGAGAGCAGGAAACCGUUCGUGUUAAUGUGUUAAGAAUUCUUUCUGAACUUAAUCUUCCAAGUGUACGAUCCAAAUUUUAUGAUGGUGAAUACGACUACACACGUCCAGCGUUUCUUCAUUUAUUGAAACAAAAGUGGGAAAACCAUGACAAAUUACUACUUCUUCAAAGGCUUGAGCAAAUGAAGGUUAUAAAGGAUUUAGGACUUGGAUCGUUUAAGCCUACCGUUGAUGUUCGUUUGAGGUUUUCAAAAGAGGAAGCAAACGAGGUUGUCCCUGGUACUAUUUUACCAACAGAACAAACGUGUUCUGAGCCAUUGCUCCAGGUUCUUCCAUUUAAUACGGAAGAACAUAGCUAUACAAUUGCCACACUAGACCUAGAUGUACCAAAUUACCAAACCAACGAGUUUGAGACAUCUUGUCUAUGGCUAGCUUCCAAUGUGCCUAUUAAGGCAUCUGACCGUUCUUUCAUACGACCUUCGAAUUGUUUAAUUCCAUAUUCCCCUCCCAUCUUACACAGGGGAGAAGACAAGCAUCGUAUUGUGACUUUGGUUUUGCAACAAGAAGAUCCAUCGAUUGAACUGGAUUUAAGUGAAAUCCAAAAAGGAAACAUAAACAUUCGUGAUCUUUGUGCUCGAUACUCCUUAAUACCCGUUGGCUCUCAUUUGUUCAGAAGUCAAUUCGAUGAGGGCACUGAAAAAUUCCUUUCAGAACACCCAAAUGUGAAAGACUACACUCCUUUUGAAGUAAAGCAAGUUUUCCCCUAAAAUGGUAAUUCCCUACAUGGAUUUAAGUCCUUUGUACAGAGUUCCGUUUACUUUAUUGCAUCUAAUGAUGGCCUAUUGUAAUAUAUUUUACUUCUCUUCUCAUGUACAAUCAAUUAUUCCUGCAUCUUUUUUGACUACCGUGUUGUACAAAUUUCAGUAAUAGUUUAACCAAAAAGAUACAAUCUUUUGACAGUAUCUAGCACGAAUAUAAAUAAAAUAGUUUAUUGUCUUCUAUAAAAAAGAGCGAAAAAAUACUUAAAGUUAAUAAGCAUUGUAGACUGAA